AUGGUGUCAAAUUCCUCUACAUUCAGCGACGUCGAUAACAAUUCAGAACUGAUUAGGGAAGAUAUAGAUAGUUAUGAAACUGAUGGAAAAGAAAUUGUUAAACCUCUUCUGUCUGAUGGGUGGGAGAAUGUUUUUGAUGAUCCGGACAAGCUUUUUCGUGGUGGUGUUGAUGCUGUUCGGUUGGCCUGUCAAAAGUAUUGUUUGAAGACUGAGUAUCGCGUAACAAAGGUGAAGAAUGAUCGUGAAAGGUUCACAAUGAAAUGCAGUAAAGUCUCAUGCACUUGGAUGAUCCAUGCAGUCGCUAUUGAUUCUACUUGCGAUGUUUUUAGGAUAAAAAAGUAUGUUGGGAGGCACACUUGUGGAGCUGGUGUGAAGUUGAGAAGUCCUAAAUUAUCGAAGAAGCUGGUACACAACCUUAUUCAUGAUCGUGUGAUGCACAACCCACUUAUCAAGCCUCGCGAAAUUGAAGAUUAUAUAAAAGUUGGUGCUGGUGUUAAUAUCAAAUAUCACCAUGCAUAUCAUGGUUUGGAACGGUCACACCAUGAAUUUUUUGGGAAUGAUGUAAAGUCUUACUCUGAUCUGGUUUGGUGGGUGAAUUCAUUGAAAGAAACAAAUCCUGGCUCUUAUGUGGAUUUUCAGUUUAACCAUGCAACUCAGACAUUUGAAAGGUUAUUCAUUGCAAUAGGCGCUUGUAUUGAAGGUUUUUAUCCGCUAGCCUUUGCAUUGGUCCCAGGAGAGGAUGUUGACAAUUGGGAUUGGAAAUCGGACAAGAAGUACAAAGAAGUUACGGCUUGUUUCAAAAAAGCAACUUAUGCUCUCACACUAGCAAGAUAUGAAGAAUCAUUAAUGGAAAUGGAGUUAAUGGGAAGGCCUGGGGUUGCUGAGUAUUGCCGCAAUAUGCCUAGGGAACAUUGGUCCAGCGCGUUCUUCACUGGCUGUAGAUUUGGUCAGACUACAUCAAGCGUUGCUGAGUCCUUCAAUAAUUAA